AUGGUCUGCCCGAGCCGCUGCCUCCCGGCCGGACCCCGCUACCGGCGACCGGCGGGUGUCGCUGCCGGCCCGCCUGUUGUACCCGACCGGGCCCGGCCCUGCAGCCGGCGAGGGGCUUUUGGGGAAAGGAGGCGGUCCCAGGCCGCUCCGCGGGCACGGGAGGGGAUGGUGCCCUGCGAGGAGUUCGGCGGGCAGACAGCCCUCCGUCCAUCCGUCCGGCCGCGGCCGCUCCGUCCGUCUCCAUUCCUCGAUGCCAGCUCUGAGCAGGCAGCAGCGCUGAGUUCUUCUCUGCCAGCUGGUGUUCCCAAGCUCAGCUAUCGCUUUGCGUCAUCUCACAAGUACAUUCCCAGGAGAGCUGUGCUGUAUGUACCUGCGGAUGAUGAAAAGAAGAUACAAAAAAUCCCAUCACUAAACGUCGAUUGUGCGGUGCUGGACUGCGAAGAUGGUGUGGCUCUGAACAGAAAGAGAGAAGCAAGGCUGACAGUUGUGAAAACACUUGAAGAGUUUGACAUCGGCCGUGCUGAGAAGUGUGUUCGGAUAAACUCUGUGUCCAGUGGCCUUGCGGAGGAAGAUCUAGAGGUGCUUUUGCAGUCCAAGACUCUUCCUUCAAGUCUGAUGCUGCCAAAGGUUGAAAAUGUAGAAGAAGUUAAAUGGUUUGCAGACAAAUUCGCACAUCACUCAAAAGGCCGAACACUUGCAGAACCAAUGCAUUUUAUCCCAUUUGUGGAAACUGCGGUGGGGUUGCUCAAUUUUAAGGCUGUCUGUGAAGAAGCAUUGAGAACAGGAUCCCAGGUUGGCUUUCAUUUGGAUGCAGUCGUCUUUGGAGGAGAGGAUUUCCGUGCCAGCAUAGGUGCAACAAGCAAUAAGGAAACUCAUGAUAUUUUAUAUGCCAGGCAGAAAAUAAUAGUCACAGCAAAAGCAUUUGGCCUCCAAGCAAUAGACCUGGUUUACAUUGAUUUCCGAGAUGAAGAUGGGCUCCGUAGGCAAUCACAGGAAGGUGCCUCAAUGGGCUUCACUGGUAAGCAGGUGAUUCACCCUAACCAAAUUGCUGUUGUCCAGGAACAGUUCUCUCCCAGCCCUGAAAAAAUAAAGUGGGCUCAAGAGCUGAUUUCCGCUUUUGAAGAACAUCAGCGUUUAGGAAAGGGCGCAUUCACGUUCCGCGGGAGCAUGAUCGACAUGCCGCUGCUGAAGCAGGCACAGAACAUUGUUACGCUUGCCACAGCCAUCAAGAUAAAAUGAUCUGAAUUGCUCCCAACCCAAAGUGCCGCUCGUUCUCAGUGCCCCACAGCCUGCCAUGGUGCUAUGUAAUGGCUGUGUGAUAUCACGGCUAUGGGGUCGUGGCUUCACAGGAGGACACCAGCAGCAUUUGAGAAGUGAGCUCCCCUCAAAUAACCAGUGGACACCGGUCAUCCUACUAUCUCUAUUCCCGUGCCAAAGCCCAUCCGAAAGUCGAAGCUCCGGGUACUCACACACCGACUGAAAUAAAUGUGAUGAAACUCACCGCCCCAUAUGGGCUGCUCACCCCUUCCUACCCCCCAUGUAUCUGUGCCAUUAAAACUGUCCCUACACAAG